AUGGCUUCAUCUUCUUCUUCCUUGUUGCUCUCCCUAGGGCUCCUCGCCAUCCUCGUCGGCCUCCAGGGCUGCUCCGCCCACUUUGGGCAGGCCUCGGGGCAGGGCCCCUGGCCAUUCGGCCGGCAACCGCAGCAGCGGCAGCGGCACCAGCUCCGGUUCAGGAGCGAGUGCCGGCUCGACAGGCUGGACACCCUCGAGCCAAGCCGGAGGGUCGAGGCCGAGGCCGGGUUCACUGAGCUCUGGGACGAGGAGGAUGACCAGUUCGCGUGCGCGGGGGCCGCCGCGGUCCGCCACGUCAUCCGCCGCAACGGGCUCUUCCUGCCUGCCUUCAGCAAUGCCCCGGAGCUCUUGUACGUGGUUCAAGGAAGUGGGCUUCAGGGCGUGGUCAUUCCGGGUUGCCCUGAGACGUACCAAGAGGACGAGUCGUCGCAAUCUCAGUUCCAAGACCGACACCAGAAGGUCCGGUACAUCCGCCAAGGCGAUCUUCUCGCGUUGCCCACCGGCGUCACCUACUGGAUCUACAACCGGGGUCAGUCUGAUCUCGUCCUGGUUUCCGUCCUCAACACCGCCAAUGAAGAAAACCAGCUUGACGAGAACAUCAGGAAAUUCUUCCUAGCUGGGAACCCACAACAAUACCAACAACAAGGAGGUAGGAGCCGGAGAUGGGAAGGCCAAGGCCAGAGCCAAAGCCGGCGCGGCAACAUCUUCAGCGGCUUCAACGAUGACAUCCUCAGCGACUCCUUUAACGUCGAGAAUGAGCUAGUCCAAAGGCUCAAGGGGCAGCGAGACCAGCGGGGCCACAUCGUCGAGGUCCGGGACGAGCUCCAGGUCCUCAGCCCGCGGUAUGACAGGGGCGAGGAAGGCAAGCGCGAGUGGGAGUGCGAGCGCGAGCGCGAGCGGCAGGGGAGGCGCCAGCAAGGCCGCGGCAUCUUCAACAACACUAGCGAGGAUGCUGGUGCUAAUGGCUUGGAGGAGACGCUGUGCACACUCAGGCUUAGAGAGAACAUAGACAACCCCGAGCGGGCGGAUAUAUACAAUCCGAGAGGUGGACGCAUCACCACGCUCAACAGCUUUAGCCUCCCCAUCUUGAGCCACCUGCAGCUUAGUGCUGAGAGAGGUGUUCUUUACAGGAAUGCGAUAGUAGCGCCACACUACUACAUGAACAGUCACGGCCUGAUCUACACGAUCAGAGGCAGCGCCAGGGUCCAGGUCGUGGGCGACUCCGGGCAGACUGCGUUCGACGGCAAGGUCCGGGAGGGCCAGUUCCUGGUCAUCCCGCAGAACUUCGUGGCGAUCCAGAGGGCGAGCGAGGAGGGCUUCGAGUGGAUUGGCUUCAGGACAAACGACGUGGCGAUGGUCAACCGGCUCGCGGGGAGGCUGUCAGUGCUCCAGAGCCUGCCCGAGGAGGUGAUCGAGAACGCAUACGACAUCUCGAGGGAGGAGUCGAGGAGGCUGAAGUACGGCAGGGAGGAGUUGGCCGUGUUCAGCCCGGGGUCUAGCUCUAGAGGAAGGGAGUGAAACCAUGUGCAUGUCGAUGUGUAGCUACGAAGGUGAAGGGUGAAGUAGUAAUAAUGUAGCUUUAGUGAGAGGUUAA